AUGAAAUUAACUUACAUUGUCGGUCUUCUCGCAGUAACGGUCCUCGCAUCCGCCAAGAUGGAGGUCAAGCGUGGUGCUGACCAAAACGGAUCUCUUGACAAAGCUAUUCAAAGCGGUCAGUGGAUCGAAGACCUUUGGGGUGCCGGUAACUACCCAAACAACGGGGAGAGCAAGGGCGAAUCAAAGCAGCCAGAAGAAGGCAAGAAGGAAGGUAAUGAAAACAAGGAAUCAUCUGAGCCAUCCAAGCAGCCAGAGGAUAAUAAAAAAGAAACACCAGCAAAGCAACCAGAGGAAAAUCAAAAAGAAUCACCAAAGGAGCCAGAAAGUGGAAACAAGGAGAAAGGAAGCCAGGUCCAAAAGGACAAGUGUGGAUACACUCCUGAGGAGAAGGAGAAGUUUAUCGCCUCUGGCAAAUACGAUCCAUGUCUUUUCAAUUGA